CUCUGGUGGAUCGAAGGCCCAGGAAGUGUGAGCGCUUCGCCGACAAUCAAGCCAUACUCGAGACGGCCAGAGAACGAGAUCGACAAAGCCAUCCGUAGGUGUAUGGCUGGUACUGGCAAAUGGGGCAAGACCUCCGAUUACAUAGUGAUGAGGUCGAUGAUUCCACAAAUUGCUCAGCAUCUUAAUGUCUUCUCAAUGAUUGGAAUCGCGCAUGGGGAUAUGAACGCGCACAAUUUUAUCGUGAAGGAGAGGCUGGAAUUGAAGGAGUAUGUUAAGGACAUUUGCCUUUGUUACCAAACAUACUUACAUCUUAGUGUCAUUGAUUGGGAUUGGACAUUCGAGGCACCUCUGCCCGCGGUGAUUCAAUAUCCUUGGUUCAUCGCCGACGUGCUAGGCUGGCAUAACGAUAGUGUGGAACCCGGAGAAACUUUUGAGUACGACAGAGACUAUCUUAUAGAAGCGCCUAAAGCCAAGGAAAAGGCAAUAAGCAGAGUUGAUACCGUAUCUGCUUAGCUUGUCCAAGCCCCAAGGCGGCAGACAUUCCAGUCAGCUAUCACUUAUAGGGAUAUACAUAAAGAGUAUGUCAUGUCAGAUCCGGUGUUUCUCUAAGCGAAGACUCAGGAAAUCAG